CGGGGCUCGGGGGGGCGCCGCUCCGCUCCGCUCCGCCGUCAUUGGCGGCACCGGCGGCGCUGGGGCGCGGGGCGGGGAGGGAGCGCUCCCCCGCAGAGCCGCUGCUGCCGGGCCCGGCCAUGUGCCCAGAGGGUGGCUGCUGCCGGCUCGUCUGCUCGGCACCGUGAGCUGGCGUCCGUCUUUUUGUUCUUCUUUUUUAAUUAUUAUUUCUUUAAAAUUAUUAUUUUUAAUUGGGGUUUUUUUGGUUGGGUUUUUUUUUUUUUUUUUUUUUUUUGCAUUGAUGCUCUCCGAGCUGGAGACUUCGGGAGACGCGGUCCUCACCUGAGAGAUCCAGCACAAUUCCCCCGUUUGAAGGCUGUUAAUGGAGAAGAGGGCGGAUGACAGCCGGGACCGUGGUCAUCACAGGUGGAAUAUUAGCGACUGUCAUUUUACUCUGUAUCAUCGCCGUCCUCUGCUACUGUAGGCUCCAGUACUACUGCUGCAAGAAGGAUGAGUCCGAGGAGGACGAGGAGGAGCCCGACUUCGCUGUGCACUCCCACAUCCCGCCGCUUCACUGCAACCGCAACGUAGUGCUGACCAACGGCCCGUCCCUCUACGCCUCGUCGCCCUUCGGCAAAAAGCCGGCACCGAGCCGGCCUGGCUGCCCCAGCUGCGCGCCGUACGAGCCCCCCACCUUCUUCCUGCAGGAGCCCCCCGAGGAGCUGCACAACGGGGGCGAUCGGGUGAGCUACAAGACGGUGAGCCAAGAAGAUCUCGAUCUGCCGGUGAACGUGGCCAACCUGCAGGCACUCAACCCCAACCGGCUCUCGGCCAUGCGGGAAGCCUUCUCCCGCAGCCGCAGUAUAAGCACCGAUGUGUGAGGCGCUGGCUGCCCGCCCAGCCCGGAGCAUCACAUCGCACCUCGUCACUGAUGCCAGGGCUUUUAACAGCAGGGAGAACUUUUUGAAAUGCAUGGAAGAGUUUUGAAAAAGAAAAAGAAGAAAAAUAAAUGAAUAUAUUUCUAUGUUCCAUAGGCAGAGACAUGCUAAAUGGCAAUAUAAAAGGAUAGUAAAAAAAACCCAAACCCCCACAAAACCAAAAGGGGAGCACGGGGGAGGACGGUUGCAGCUGGGAUGCAAGGUUUUCUAGCGCUGCGUUGCAUUUUUUUUUCUUUUAUAAAGAGGAUUUUGAUAUUGCGCAUCCUUUUAUACAGAGUAAACGCCGCUCCUCGACAUUUGGCUGGAUCGCCGAGUGGUGACAAGCAAGUACUGGGGCGCGUGGUUGGCUGCAAAAUGGCUCGUGCUGCAAGUCAGCGGGCAUCUGCUGCUGUGUCGUGGGGCCACGCUGCAGCCGACUGCUCCUGGCCCUAGUGUGCAUGCACACGCACGCUCACGUACACACACUCACACAAACAUACACAUACCACGCAGUCCCGUAGCAAAGCAGGACUGAGAGUGCCCGCCCUUCUGCUGCCCCGUCCUGCUCUGCACCACACUGCACCCGUGCGUGUGUGAGUGCGUGUGUGUGCACAGCCCUGCCCUGUUCCCAGCCCAUCUCACUCCUCAAGUUGGUCAUUUAUUCCCGAGCGACAGGCGCGAUCCCCUCAGGGUUGGGAUGGCCGGUGCGUGCACAGCCUGUCCCUGUCCCCGGAGCCGCCCCACGGCCCCCCCAGUGGAGCUGGGCUGGGGGGGGUUGCAACCUCAUUGCAUUACCUGGCCGUGGAAAUAACACGCAGUGCAAUGUGGGAUGGAGGAACACACCUGUAGCCACCCCCUCCAAAUAAUCAGCAUCCCCACUCCCAAUAAUGCCAUACGUGACUUCUGAUUGAGGGCUGGGCGAGCGAGAGCGUGACCCUGGAUGUGCCCACCCCGCUGCAUGCGCAUUUUUACAUGCAUUUGUUUGUUGGUUUGGGUUUUUUUUUAAAGAAAAAGCCAUGCCACUUUCUCCCCAUCCAGGAAUGCGUCAAAACACUUUAGAUUUAGGCAAAGCCACCUCUUUUGUGUUUUUCGUCGUACCGUUUCCCACGGCCGGGCAGCCUGGCCGCGGCUCUGCCCCAGCUCCGCCGGCCACGCUGGAUCCGGCCAGGGCUGCGUUGGCAGAGCAGCAGGCACGGAGCUGGCCGCCGAGCACGUCCCUCUGUGCUAAACAUGCCGCAAAGGAGCCGUUUGGUUAAUUCAGCGCUUCGGGAGGAGGAAUCGCUCAUUGCAGCGGUGCCUGUGCGGGGACUCUCACGCUCUGGUUUCUCCUGGCUGUCUCGAUUCCUCCCCUCCAGCCUUGCAACGCUCACAGUUUGACAGAACACCCUCUUUCUCCUGGAUUGUGCAUUAUUCAGGUUAAAAGCAUCGCGCUGGACUUGGGGACAGCUGGCGGAGGAUGGACUGGCUGCGAAGAGACUCUCAUGGCCUCAGCGCCGUGCUCUGGGUCAGCUUUCCUUUUUAAAGAUGCGAUGGGAAGAAAAAGCUGCGGCUUCAGCCCCAUCGGCUCACAAACACUACAUGCAGCCCGGAUGGGUAUUUUGCUUUUAACCACCAGGGCUUUUAAUUCCGCAGGAAAUCUUUUGAAGUACAAGUCAGUCUUUGCAAAUGAGUAUCUUUGACUUUCUCGGGGGGUUCUGUUUGGGGUGGGGGGGUGGGUUUGGUUUCGUACAUGUUUAAUAUUCUGGGCUUGGUCCCUGUGGCACCGUGUCCCGGGAGCACGAUGCCUCUGCCCCAGGGGGACGGCAGCCGCUUGGGCCACGCUCCUGUGUACAGUUCUCACCGGGGUCUGUUUCCACGCCUUGAGCCCUCCUCUUCUCUGCAUCUCUCGUGACCGUACUUCUCUCGCCAGCCUUCCCUUCUUCCUUUUGUUCUUUCCCUUUUUUUCCUUCCCAUGUAGCUUAGAAACUAAGCAAACGGUUGGCUUUCACUGACCUUCGCCUGGUGAUCUGUUGUACAGGACUUUGGGAAUCACAGGGGAGGGAAAAAAUAAUAAAAUAAAAAGGAAAUAAUAAACUACUUUGACAUGGGUU